AUGCAGAUUGCUGCAGGCUCAGUUCCAAUUAAUAACAGGAAUUGGACAAAUUCAAACAGGCUACUUAUAGGCUUCCAAGCCCCCUGGAACCUGUCUUUUCCUUUUAGUGCCCUCCGACUAGGGUCUGCCAUCCAGAUAGCUGUGGAGAAGAUAAACACUAACCCAUCCUUCUUAGGAAACUACACACUGAAAUGUACAUAUGUGGACUCUGAUUGUGAUGCCAAGACAUCCUUGGGAGCAUUCAUUCAACAGGUCUGGAGAGAAAACGUGUCAGCAGUCUUUGGUCCCGCUUGUCCAGAGGCAGCUGAGGUAACUGGUCUUAUUGCAUCAAAAUGGAACAUCCCAAUGUUUGGGUUUGUUGGUCAAUCUUCUAAAGUAGAAAAUGGUAUAAUUUAUGACUCAUACGUCAAAGUGGUUCCCCCCCUGAAAAGAAGUGCAGAAGUCUUAGUCAAGACAAUAGAAUUCUUUGGAUGGAGCCAUGUGGCUCUAAUUGGGGGGGGAUUUUAUUCAAACACAUGGGACAAAGUUGAUGCUCUCUGGAAGUCAGUUGAGGAUAUGCUGAAAGCUAAAUUCACUGUGACAGCAAGUGUCAAAUUUGACACCAGCAACCUUGACCUUGUUCACAGAAAUGUGAAGUACAUCUCUACUGUUGCAAGAGUGAUUGUGAUACUGACAAAUGCAGAUGACUCAAUGGAACUCUUAUUAGAGGCUGAGAGACAGGGCCUGAUUGACGGACAGUAUGUGUUUUUUAUUGUGCAGCAUUUUGAGGUCAGUGGCAAUGUGGAUAACCUCUGGAAAUCUGCCAUGAACAACAGAAAAAAUCAGGCAAUCUUCAAAGCUUUAGACAUGACAUUUGUUAUAGGUCAGAAGUCUUACGAGGGAUAUGACUACUACGAUUUUUUUGAGCAAGUCUACAACAGACUGAAGAAGUAUCCUUUUUAUAGUAACCUGUCAUCUGCAAAAGAGGUCAGCCCCUACUCUGCCUAUCUGCAUGAUGCAGUCCUACUGUAUGCCAUGGGUAUAAAGGAAGUCAUAAAGGAUGGAAAAGACCCCCACAAUGGACGGGAACUCCUGAAGAGGCUGAGAGAUAAGAAUAGCAUCCGAUUUCAUGGAGCUUCGGGUCUGGUCCAUUUUGAUAAAGAAGGGGAGAGGAACAUGGACUACUCCAUUUAUGAUCUACAGCUUACCGAGGGCACAACACAAUUUGUGCCAAUUCUACAUUUUGAUAGCCACACCAAAGUUGUCAGGCCAACUCCUAAAUUUGCAUCAGUUGUUUGGCCCAAGGGGAAACUACCUACAGAUAACCCAGACUGUGGUUUUGAUGAUCAGCUUUGUGAAUGGGUAUUUAAUGAUAUAUCAAUGGUAGUCUUAAUGGUGGCUUUCCCUGUUAUCGGUGCAUCUGCCUUGGUGUGUAUUGGCUUUCUGAUGCUGCAGAAACUGCGUCUUCAAACUCGGCUGGAUGGCUCUUGUUGGUGGCUUAUCAACUACAGUGACAUUGCCAUAAUCAAGGAACCCAAAGGGGUGCAGGCACUGUCACUGAGUACAACUGCCAGUAAAAAUGGAAGUGGAAGUGGAGGGUCCCAGACAAUUAUUUCCUCCUGCAGCUACGGCUUAACGGACAAUGCUGGGAAAGAGCAGAUCUUCAUAACCAUAGGACUCUACCAGGGAAAUAAGGUGGCCAUCAGAUAUAUAGAAAAUCAACUAGUCAGUGAUAUCAGAAAACCGUCCAUCAUUGCAGAGUUCAAUGUGAUGAGAGAGAUGAAGCAUGAGAACUUGGUUCAGUUCUUUGGGGUUUGCAUUGAGCCACCAAAUGUAUGUUUGGUUAUGCAGUAUUGUAAGAAAGGAAGCUUAAAGGAUGUUUUGAGAUGCCAGGACAUUGAGCUUGACUGGAUGUUUAAACUGUCUUUUGCUUAUGAUAUCGUCAAUGGGAUGGAAUUCAUUCAUAAGAGUAGCCUGAGAUCCCAUGGAAACCUAAAGCCCAGCACAUGUCUGGUUGACAGUAGACUACAAGUCAAGAUAUCUGGCUUUGGGCUGUGGGAAUUUAAACAUGGCAUCAAGCACAAGCAUUGCCCUAUGGAAAAUCCAAAAUAUGAGGAGUUGUAUUACACGGCUCCUGAGCUGCUGAGACUAGACCAGCUUCCUUUCAACGGCACGCCCAAGGGUGACAUCUAUAGCUUUGCCAUCAUAAUGCGGGAACUUAUCUACAGCUCAGAGGAUGGACCAUACAACAUCCAGCUAGAGCCAAAAGAGAUUAUCAAACAAUUGCAGACCCCUCUCUUUGAGGAACCUCUCAGACCAACUUUCUCUGCCCAGUUGUGUGAUGAGAGUAUCAGCACCUUGCUGGUGGCCUGUUGGAGUGAGAACCCAGAUCACAGGCCACCAUUUGGUUCAAUUCGGAGACAACUGAAAGCGACCAGUCCAGACACUCAUGCAAAUAUCCUCGACAACAUGGUUGAAAAGUUGGAAAAAUAUUCAAAUCAUCUUGAGGAAGUUGUGGAAGAGAGAACUAAUCAACUGACGGCAGAGAAGACCAGAGCAGACAAACUUCUCUCCAGCAUGUUACCCAGGUAUAUUGCAGACCAACUCAUGGCAGGGAAAUCAGUGGAGCCACAAGGUUAUGAAAUGGUGACCAUCUUCUUUUCCGACAUCGUGGGUUUCACUUCCAUGUGCUCCAUCAGCUCAGCCCUGGAGGUGGUCACACUACUAAACGACCUCUACAGCCUGUUCGACGAUAUCAUAAAGCUCUAUGACGUUUACAAGGUGGAGACUAUAGGUGAUGCUUACAUGGUGGCAAGCGGGCUACCCAUCAGCAAUGGCAACAAGCAUGCAGAUGAGAUUGCUACUAUGGCUCUGCACUUCCUGUGUGCCAUCAAGGUCUUCAAGAUACGCCACCUUCCCAAUGAGAAACUGGCGCUACGUAUUGGGAUCAAUUCAGGCCCAGUGGUAGCUGGAGUGGUGGGUACAACAAUGCCACGCUAUUGUCUCUUCGGGGACACUGUGAACACUGCUUCGAGGAUGGAGAGUAACAGCUUGCCUCUUAAGAUUCAUAUAUCCCAGAGCACAGCAGACAUUUUAACAGAGAUUGGGUCAUUUGAGUUGGAGGAGAGAGGAGAGAUUGAGAUGAAGGGUAAAGGCAGUCAGAAGACUUACUGGUUGAUGAAUAAAGAUGGUUUCAAUCCUAUUCUCGGAGCCCACAAUUCCUCCCAAGCUCAACAUCUCAAACCAUCAACAGGGGUAAUUAACCAGACCUAA